GUUGACACAGUUUCAGGCAGAACCCCGCGUCGACAGCCAGCAGCUACCAUAUAUAAUAGUUUCAUAGUGCGUUUCUUUCAGGUUUUCCUGUCUGACAAUCAGUUUAUUAGAAAAUGUUUUCUGUUGCAAAAAAUACUUUUUGUUUGAAAAAGAUAUUGGCAGGGAAUUCAUUUUCAAGGGUGAGCUCUUUGCUUUCUACCUCUGGUUGUGGCAAUGUUUCUACUAAUGCUUCACUGCAUUCUGGAUCAAAUGACUCUUCAAAUGUGUAUAGACAGCCUACUGCAAAAAUGGGUAAAAUGACUGAUAUUGGAUCUCGAUCAUUGUUUGGCCCAGAGCAAGACGGAUUUAGAGAAACUGUGAGAAAGUUCUUUCAAAAAGAGAUUAUACCUCAUAACAAAAUAUGGCAAGAGCGUGGUUAUGCUGAUAAGGAAGUUUGGGAAAAGGCUGGAGCAUGUGGUAUGCUAGGAAUAACUAUACCGGCAGAACAUGGUGGAAUUGGUGGUUCAUUUGCUGAUACAUCCAUCAUAAUAGAGGAGACAGGCUAUGCUAAUACAAGUGGUCCAGGAUAUUUCCUUCAUUCUGAUAUUAUCAUGCCAUAUUUUAGCAAAUAUGGAAAUGAUGAGCAAAGAAAAAAGUAUAUUCCAGAUAUGACAGCCGGUAAAAUAGUUUCGGCCAUCGCCAUGACCGAACCAGAUGCGGGAAGUGAUCUUCAAGGAAUCAAAACAUUUGCGAGAAAGGACGGAUCCGAUUACAUACUGAACGGAUCCAAGAUGUUCAUUACUAACGGCUGGUUAGCCGAUGUAUUUGUAGUGGUGGCAGUCACUAACAAAGAGGCGAAGUCUGCUGCUCAUGGUAUCAGCUUGUUCAUUGUUGACGCUGACACCCCGGGUUUCAAGAAAGGCUGGCUUAUGAAAAAAAUUGGCAAUGCAGCCUCUGACACGGCGGGUCUAUUCUUUGAAGACGUUCGCCUUCCUGCCAGCGCUAUACUAGGCGAAGAGAAUAAAGGGUUCUAUUACCUAAUGAAUGAAUUGCCACAGGAGCGUUUGGCUAUCGGCAUUCACGCUUUAGCUCAAGCAGAAUUCAUGUUUGAGGAGACCAAACAGUACGUGAUGCAGCGAAAGGCCUACGGCAAAACACUUUCCAGCUUGCAGACGGUUCAACAUAAACUCGCCGAGAUGAAAAUGGAUAUUUGCGUAGUACGGUCUUUUAUUGACCAGUGUAUUGUGCUGCACGAUGAGAAUCAGCUCGACGCCCAAAUGGCUUGUAUGGCGAAAAUCUGCGCCUCUGAUCUAGACAACAAGGUAGCUAACCAAUGUUUACAGUUACAUGGAGGUGCCGGAUACCUUUCCGACACUCCUGUCGCCCGAACUUACCUUGACGCUCGAGUCCAAUCCAUCUACGGUGGAAGCAAUGAAGUGCUGAAAGACCUUAUUGCUCGCCAAAUCCUCGCUCCUGCCAGGAAAUGAUCAUAACGUGGAAAAACGAACAAAUAUGCCACCAAAAUUUCAGCACGUUUAAACUAGAAAAUGUUCUCCUUAGAGUAUUCUCCGAGUCCGCGUUUCGUCAUCCGACGCAGUUUCCCCUUUUCUGCUACUUCCACGAUGGUUUUCGCCGCAGGCCGAACCUUCGAGAAAGAAAAGAAAAAGAAACCGAAAAAUUCAUAACAAUUAAAACAAAUAUUUUUGCCAUUCCUCAAAGUGCCUGAAAGAAUAUAAGACGAAAUGGGCGGUUAGACAAAAAAAAGAAGCUCAAGAUGCGAAUUCGUGUGAAAUGACUAAACACAGAGUUAAAUGCUCCCCGAAAACGCAAAACCCGUUUCUCUCAGGUAACGGGUGAAUAGAAAAGGAAAUUGAAAGGGAGGCAAAGUAAAAAAAGAAAAAAUGUCGUUGCAUCCGAGAAGCCCCACGUGUUUACCCGCCGAGAGGCGCUGCAUGUUUCCAUUUGUGCCAAAGCGGGAAUCAAAUCAGAACUCUCGUUCACUUAUGUUACAAAACAAAUGUAUGUUAAACUCAUGUAAUCUUCAAGGGAAAAUUCUCCUGGGUUUUUAAAUUGAAUGUUAUUCGUUUGUUAA